AUGAGUAUAGUUUCAUGCAUUCUAAUUCUAAAGGCCAUUUUGUUACUAGUUUUCUUAGUUUAUUUUUAUGUUCCUUAUUGGAAGGUGAGGAAGGUGCCGGGGCCUCCAUGCACUCUCUUUGUAGGACACCUCCCUUUGCUUGAUAAGUAUGGCCCUGAUAUUCUUAGAGUCUAUGCCAAAACAUAUGGCCCCAUUUUCAGGUUUCAUAUGGGAAGACAGCCAUUAGUAAUAGUUGCUGACCCUGAGCUUGUUAAAGAGGUUGGCAUAAAGAAGUUCAAGUUUAUGAAGAACAGAAAUAUUCGGUCUCCGACUUCGGGAUCUCCUCUUCAUGAACAAGGACUUUUUCUUACUAGGGACUCGAGAUGGUCAUCGAUGAGGAACACUAUAAUCUCUCUUUAUCAACCUGCACACUUGGCUAAGUUAAUUCCUACAAUGCAAUCUUAUAUUGAGAAUCUCACUCUCAAUGCGUCUAAAUGCCGAGAAAAGCAAGAAGACAUUGUAUUCUCUGAUCUCUCGUUGAAAAUGGCGAUCGAUAUCAUAGGUAAGACAACAUUCGGUGUUGAAUUUGGCCUCUGCGAAGAAGUUUCUAAUGUUGAUGAUGGUGAUGAAUUGUCUAGUUUUCUCAAGCAUUACAUGAGGUCCUUUGAGUCACUCAAAAUGGACCUCACUAGUUCCUUAUCCACAGUUCUUGGAUUAUUAGUUCCUGUUCUUCAGAAACCUGCCAGAGAAAUCCUUAAGAGAAUUCCCGGCACUGCCGACCAUAAAAUGCUUCGGAGCAAUGAGCAAUUGUGUGAAAAGCUUGAUGCCGUUAUUACCAAAAGAGCAAGUGAAAGAACAAGAGAGUCUAAAGACUUCCUCUCAAGAAUUCUGAAUGCAAGUGAGUCAGGAGUUGCUAAAGAUCUCUUCACUCAUAACUACAUCAGAGCUCUCGCAUUCGAACAUCUCCUCGCCGGAACAAAAACAUCGGCUUUUACGCUUACAAUGGCAAUAUAUUUAGUAUCUAAACACCCGGAAGUCGAGAAAAAAUUGCUUAAUGAGAUAGAUAAUUAUGGUCCUCAUGAACAAAUACCUUCGGCAGAGGACCUCCAAUGCAAGUUCCCUUAUCUUGAUCAAGUGUUAAAGGAAACAAUGAGGUUCUACACAGUGUCUCCAUUGGUUGCAAGAGAAACAUCUCAAGAAGUUGAAAUUGGAGGUUAUGUUCUUCCCAAGGGAACUUGGGUGUGGCUUGCACUUGGAGUAUUGGCCAAAGAUGCAAAGCAGUUUCCGAAUCCUGAUGAGUUUAUUCCUGAGAGGUUUGAUCCAGAGUGUGAAGAAGAGAAACAGAGGCAUCCUUAUGCUCACAUUCCAUUUGGAAUUGGACCUAGAGCAUGCAUUGGAUCAAAGUUUGCCAUUCAGGAAAUUAAGCUUUCUCUUAUUCAUCUUUACAGAAAUUUUGUUUUUCGACACUCUACUGACAUGGAGUCACCUCUGGAGUUUGAUUAUGGUCUGGUUCUUAGUUUCAAGAACCGCGUGAAAUUUCGAGCUUUUAAAAGAGAAAUCUAGCUUCAUCAUCAUCAUCAUCAUCAUCAGUGUUGUCUUCUAUGGUUAAAUCUAGUUAUCUGGGUGUAUGUGCUGUAUUUAUAAUGUGAAUUGUAAGUUAAACUUGAAUAUCAAUGCAUAGUCGUCACAAUCAACUUGCUCGAAGAAGAGAGA